ACGCGCCGCGGGGCUGCUGGGCUCCACCGGGCGCUGGCGGCUCCGUGGCUCUUCCUGCCACGCCGGGCCUGCCGGGGCCGCACCGACGCCGCUUUGCCAAGGUCGCGUGUCGGCCGCCGCCGGGCCCAGUCCAACAGGUGGGACCUUACCUGCUGAGCUAGUCUCUGAGAAUUGUUCUGAGACAUGAUGAGCCAUCCCUGUGUGUCUCUUUUGGCUUCACCUGCUCCCCAGGGUCUUGCCCUUCCCCAGGACGGAGCCCCAGGAAACCAGGUCCUGGCAGUCCCUCUAGAGACGCCGCAGGCCCAGGAUUUGAUGACAUUUGAUGAUGUGGCAUGCUACCUCACCAAAAAGGAGUGGCUGAGGCUGGACCCUGAGCAGAGGGCACUGGCAUAUUAUGGGAACAUGACCUCCAUGGGAGCUCCUGUUUUAAAUCCCGCCUUGGUCUCUCACCUGCCGCAAGGACAAGUGCUGUUGGUAUCAGACCCAUCCAUCCACAUGGACCCAGCUAAGUGCUCUGAAAGCACCCCGGUGACCCAGCACCAGAUGAUGGGGGAAGACACCCAGUCACAGGAGAUGGCCUCCGCAAACUCCCCAAUGGCCGGUGACCCCAGCCCUGAGGUCAAACAGAAUGAGGAUUCUGAGAGGAAGGGAGGGAGCCCACAGAAUAUGCCUAUAGAACAUCAUUUUGCAUGUAAAGAGUGUGGGGACGCCUUUCGGCUUAAAGUCCUCCUCGUUCAGCACCAGAGGGUCCACAGCGAGAAAAAGGGCUGGGAAUGCGGUGAUUGCAGGAGGGUCUUCAGGGGGGUGUCGGAGUUUAAUGAGCACAGGAAAAGCCAUGUGGCCCCAGAGCCCCGGCCUGGUCCCAGUCGGGCCCUGGAAGAUGCGGGGGAGAAGAGGGAGCAAAUGGAGCGGGAGGCGAAGCCCUUCGAAUGCGAGGAGUGCGGGAAGCGGUUUAAGAAGAAUGCGGGCCUUAGUCAGCACCUGAGGGUGCAUAGCCGAGAGAAGCCCUUCGUCUGUGAGGAGUGUGGGCGGUCCUUCAAAGUCAACACCCACCUCUUCCGACACCAGAAGCUUCACACUGCGGAAAAGCCUUUUGCCUGCAAGGUGUGUGGCAGGAAUUUCCUGGAUCGCCAGGAACUGCUCAAGCACCAGCGGAUGCACACCGGUCACCUGCCCUUUGACUGUGACGACUGCGGCAAGUCCUUCCGAGGGAUCAACGGGCUGGCCGAGCAUCAGCGCAUCCACAGCGGGGCCAAGCCGUAUGGCUGUCUGCACUGCGGCAAGCUGUUCCGGCGGAGCUCGGAGCUCACCAAGCACCGGCGAAUCCACACGGGUGAGAAGCCAUAUGAGUGCGGCCAGUGUGGCAAGGCGUUCCGCCAGAGCUCCAGUCUGCUGGAGCACGCGCGCAUCCACAGCGGCGAGCGGCCCUACGCGUGCAGCGAGUGUGGCAAGGCCUUCCGUGGGCCCUCCGACCUGAUCAAGCACCGGCGCAUCCACAGCGGACUGAAGCCCUACGCAUGCGACAAGUGUGGGAAGGCCUUCCGCAGGAGCUCAGGCCUGAGCCGCCACCGGCGCAUCCAUAGCUGGGCCAGGCGCUGUGAGUGCGGAGAGUGUGGCCGUGUCUUCAAGAGGCGCUCAGUGCUGCAGAAGCACCAGCCAACCCACCACGAGUAGAGGAGUAAAAGAGCCCUGUCCGCGGCCAGCCGGGGGGCCCCGGAGGGCAUGGCACAGUCACAGGAGAUAAACAGUUUUGUAGCGCUUAUAUAUUUUGUCAUCCGAAGGACUGAGACCAAUUUAUACUGCCACCAGCAAUUUCUAAGUAUACAUGUUUCCCAUUGUGGCCAUCGAGAGUAGCUUUUUCCAUUUUAACUUAGUUUGGAUAACUAACUGUCUGAAAGUACCAUCAGGGUAUUGAAAUCCGCACACCUUGAAUCCCAGAUGGAGAGAAGAGAAAGCUGGAUGUGGAGGUGGAGAGGGGCUUGAAGGUCAUCUACCCAAGCUCCCCACCCCCAGGGAAACACAGUUAUUCGAUGAUGGCCUCAAUAUGCUGUGAUCCCAGCUUUCCCCAAGAGAAGAUUGCCCCAAAGUAUUUUGGCCUACUUGAAUUUAUAAAUUUUUAGGGAUGUAAAUAGAACACUCAAAUGUCUUAUGAUAUUUAAUUUAUUAAUUUAGUUAUACAUACAUAUUAUAAAUCACAUAUAGAAUAAUAUAUUAAUUUAGAAAAUAAUCCUUUUUGCCACAGUCUGUUUCAUGGAAUCAUUUUAUUCUAACUCCUCAUGAGCAUUUUUUAGCUCACCGUCUUCACCAGCAUGGGAGACCCUUUGAGUCAUCAGACAGUAUCAAAGCAUAUCCAGUGACUUCCAUCCAAGCUGUGCACAGUAGCACCGUGACAAUCCCUGUAUGAGGCUCUCACUACAGAUUUCCUCCUAAGCCAUAAGAACAUAUUUGCAUAACAUUAAAAUAGUUGGGACCACCCCCCCUAAUAAGAGAUAAGUCUCAAGGACUGGAGUGUAAGGUGACGCCUCCUUUUUGGAAUCACAAGCUGCUCAUAUCGGGCCUAGAUGGCACUUCUCCAACCCUCCGUUUCCAGCUCUAUAAAAUGGGAUAGUCACAGUACCUACCUCCUAAGGUGAUCACAAGGACUCUAUCGUACUCGCAGAGCUUGGAGGUACACACACUCAGCGAAGGCCAUCUGCUGUCAUUGUCACAGUCAUUGCUGUCAUUCUAUGGCUCAUUAGUACCAGGCCUCCUGACUGGUAGUCUCAUCCUCUUUCUCUCAUGUGAUGACUUUAAUACUGUGUCUGUUUUCUUGCAUGCAGAUUAUAAGUUCAUCUCCUUUGACUAGUUAUCAAGUUACCUUUGGAUAUAUUGGCUUUAUAUAGCAGUUCUUUCUAUACUUAUUGUGAUGUUCUCUUUUCCAGUUUUAUUGCUUUGCUUUUUGUAGCAGUUUUAUUCCAUUUUUGUUGUACAAGCUUUUAAUUUUUACAUAUCCAAGCAUUCAUUUUUGUCCACUAAGUCUUAACUUUCAUUGCCUCCAUAGUUAGAUAUGAUGACAUUUUCUUCUAGAUUUUUUUUUUUUUUUGAGACAGAGUCUCGCUUUCUUGCCUAGGCUAGAGUGAGU